AUGGCAUAUUUUCUACCGCAGACACUCUCUUUCUUGAUGCUCUUUUCUUCUCUUCUCUGUCUCAUUGCCGCCUCGCCAGUCGCGGAUCCUCCUUUUCAUCUGUGGCAUCAGCGACGGGCUCUUGCCAAUCCACCCACGCCACGCUCCCUCAAUCUCUCAAGCAAUGAGCUGCAGCAGGCUCAAGCGCUCGUGGAAGCUGCUGUGGCUCAGCAAUCCAAGUACAAUGCCUGGCGAGUGGCCAAUCCCAAACGCAAUACGUAUCGAUCGCGCCACUCCGAUGCUUCGCAGCCCUCGGCCCAGUUUAAAAGGUCUGACCAGCCGAUGGCGCCCGUGUUAAACCCCCGCCUCAAAGCAGCAGCUGCGAUCCUGGCUGAACGCCACGCAGCACAGCAAUUGCGGAAUGGUACUCUUCACAAAAGUUACAGUCAGUUCACCAAGCCACCCAAGCCCUUGCAAUUGGCGAAACGGGAGAUCGCGGAGUCGUCAUCUAGCUAUUGGCCCGCCCUGGUCGACCAUGGACGCCCGCCCAUGGGAUGGGACUCAUCCUACCCGGUCUAUCGAGAUGUCACCGAUCCCAAAUUUGGAGCAAAAGGUGAUGGAGUGACCGAUGACACCGAUGCCAUCAAUGCCGCAAUCUCAUAUGGCGGGAGCUGCCAGGAAAAUUGCGAGUCGUCCUCGACAAAGGGCACGUUCAUUUAUUUCCCCCCGGGCACCUACCUCAUUUCUUCGCCCAUCAAUGCUUCGUACUACUCUCAAUUGGUGGGCGAUGCAAAUGAUCUUCCGGUCAUCAAGACCUCCCCCUCGUUUAUUGGCCUGGGAGCGAUUCAGAGUGACGUCUAUAUCCCCAACGAAAAUGGAGAUGAGUGGUACAUUGAACAAUCUAACUUCUAUCGCCAAGUCCGAAACUUCAUCAUUGACAUUGAAGAAACAACUACCGCCAACGCGGCUGGGCUACACUGGCAGAUUGCUCAAGCCACCUCACUCACGAAUGUGUUCAUCUCUGCCAGCUCGGCGGCUGGAACCACGCAGAUGGGCAUCUACACCGAGAACGGCAGCGGGGGAUUUAUGUCAGGCUGCACAAUCUCAGGCGGAUCAUACGGCAUCUAUGGUGGUAACCAGCAGUAUACAGUUCGUGAUUUUCAGAUCUCCGGUCAAACCAACGCGAGCAUCGGCUUAAUCUGGGACUGGGGGUGGACCUGGUCCCAAUUGCAUCUUUCUAGCGCACCCAUUGGAAUCAGUCUGAUCAACCCUCAGGAUACCUCUGGCCAGCCAGCCGGAUCCACCUACAUUCUCGACACCAUGUUCGAUGAAACCCCCAUUGCAAUUCAGGCGAGCUUCAACCAGUCGACUAUCCUGGAUUCCAGCAUCAUCACCCUGGACAACAUUGGGGUCAACGGUGUCAAAACGAUGGUCGCCUUCACAGAUGGCACGAGCCUUGACCUUCCUAAUGGUGACGUAGACUUUGUGGUCAUUGGAAACCUCCAGGAACAGUCCGACAAGUCCCUUGGGUCCUACCAAGUGAAUGUGCAGGAUCCCCCGCCACCUCUUUUAGAUGCUGCCCAGGACCAGAUUAUCUACCGAGACUCGUACUUCUACAAAAACCGCCCCCAGUAUGAGACACUCUCUCUCGGCAGCAUUGUCAGCGUCAAAGACCAUGGCGCUGCCGGUGAUGGAGUCACGGACGACACAGCGGCUAUUGUCGCCGCUUUGGCCAUGGCUACUACCGACAAUCUCAUCUAUUUCCCGCCCGGUUCCUACAUUGUCACUUCCACUAUCGUGAUCCCGGCUCACGCCCGCAUCACCGGUCAAGUGUGGUCUCAGCUCGUGGCCUCGGGCGACUUUUUCGCUGAUAUGACCUCCCCCAAGGUCAUGAUCCAAGUUGGCAAACCGGGAGACGUGGGGACGGUCGAGAUCAGCGACAUGCUUUUUACCUCCAUUGGGGAGCUGCCGGGAUUGGUGAUGAUGGAAUGGAAUGUCCAGGCCGAAAUACAGGGCUCUGUGGGUAUCUGGGAUUCGCACUUUCGUGUGGGUGGUGCUUAUGGCAGCAAGCUGCAGCUGGCGGAGUGUCCCACCAGCAACUCGAUUGCGUCGGGCUGCGUGGCCGCGUCCCUGAUGUUACACAUCACCCCAGGAUCCAACGGCUACUUUGAGAACAUGUGGCUAUGGGUGGCCGACCAUGAUAUCGACGACGCAGCCAACACGCAGAUCACCGUCGGGGUGGCGCGAGGGAUGCUGGUCGAGUCGACGUCGGGUCCAACCUGGAUGUAUGGCACUGCCGCGGAGCAUGCGAUCCUCUAUCAAUACAACUUCUUCAACACCACAAAUACCCUCGCCGGCAUGAUACAGACCGAGUCUCCCUAUUAUCAAUUUGCAGAGGCAACGGAGUCCCCCGGGCCCUUCAACGCGUCGGUAGGCCUGUUUGAGAACGAUCCGGCGUUUCCAGAUGUGACCUGCACCGCGUCGCCAGAGCUCUGCAAUUUCGCGUGGGCAGUGAUCAUGAACGAAAACACGAACCUGACCAUUGCGGGCGCGGGCCUUUAUUCCUGGUACGACAAUUAUGUGGAAACCUGUGUCGACACCCAGAAUUGUCAGCAGCGGAUCGUCUGGGACCAGGGCGAGAAUCAGGGGCUCUACAUGUGGAAUUUGAUCACGAUCGGUGCCGUGGAAAUGAUCAGCAACACGGACGACAGUAAUAUCAUCCUGGCGGCUAACAACACGCAAGCCGUGGGGCAUCCCUUUUGGAGUGCCCUGGCAGCCUAUCUCGAUGACUACGCGCAGCCGAUUCUCUCCUGCGACGAUGACUCCACCGACCCCGCAUGUCAAGCAAGCUGGAAGUGCGACUUGACCCAGCAGUACGCCACGGUCGAUGCGCUCAACGCAGCACUGGGUAGCUAUCCGGAUCAAUGCAUGCCUUACUACGCGCUCGGCACCCUCUAUACCACCUUGAACGCCUCUCUCGCUAACUACACGGAGACCAACAAGGACUACGACGAGUAUUUCGGGUACUACCAGGAAUACGUCCGAGACAUGGUCCCUGACGCCAUUAGUGCCUUCAUGGCCGGGUCGACGCCCAGUCAGCCUGAGGGGGGCCCAGGCAACAAGUACUUCGACUGCACCUGCGAGGGUUACGGACCUACGUCGACGCAGCAGUGCCCGUUCAGCUACAACCAGCUCAUGGGUGCGGACCGUUUCACCAUGACAUACACACUCAAAGACGCCGAUGGCUUUUACAAUGAUCUCCAGAGCACGUACGGGAUCAACCGGACCUGGGUGACCUUCGGCAACCAAGGGGGGCCCGUACACCAGGUUGGCCACUGCACACCGGGGCCCUGCUCGGAAGGCACCGACUACCGUUACGUUAACAUCCCCCAGGCCGUUAAUUCCAACCAGAUCAACGUGGGCAACCCCAAGGACAUCAUCACCGCGGCUUUGCCCGGCAUCGGCACCAUGCAGAACAACCUCCUCGCGCGCGAGCUAGACAUCAACCUCGGCGCCUGGGGCGGCGGCAUGCAAGAUCUGCUGGACACCUUCUCUCUGCCUGUCUUUAUGCUGCAACAAGCGAUCGCCUCCAUGGCCAGCGUUAAGGCCAUUGGCCAGAAACAGGCCAAGGAAGACAAGAUCAAGCUCGCUCUUGAAAUUUUAGGUAUCGCCUUCGCUUUCGUCCCUUUCCUCGAUGAACUCACCCCGGAAGUGGAGCUACUCGACGGUGCCUUCGAGACUGUUGCUGCCGCCGGAAAUGUCGCCCUAGGCAUCCAGAGCAUUGUUUCAGAUCCCAGUUCCGCCCCCAUGGUUCUCCUGGAUCUGAUCGCCGGUGGCGGGCUGCGGGACGAAAGCGACUUCACCAAGGCCGCCGCAGCCCGCCGCGCAGUGACCGAGGAUGACCUGGAGAGUAUUGGGAAGGAUUUCAAGGCCGAGCAGGACAAGUUUGAUGGCCUCACGGAGCCAAAAUGUCGCUUCUAG